AAGAAGAAGCAGGAAGAUAAGGACAAGGCCGAGUGGGAGGCUUUCCUUCAAAAGCAGAAUGCUAAACCUGAGGCUCAGAUGCGACAGCGUCUUGCUCAGUUUGGCUUUCAGGAAAACCAGAUCCAGGGCAUGAUCAAGCCCGAAAAGGCUGAGGAGCUCCAAGUCGGCCAUAACCCUGUGCAUCUAGGAGGACAUCAACCCACGUACAUUAAGGUUCACAAGGACUAUAUUGCCAUUGAAACACUGGUGUACUUCGAUAUUCCGUGGGAGUAUGAUGCCGCCAACCCCGACUACAUCAUCAUCCUCCGCGAAUUGGGCGAUAACGAGACUGACGUCCUGUUUGAGCACACUCGCCGGCUACGGUCAGACAAAAUC